AUGAAGCUCACAGUGGAUGGUCUGCUGGUAUAUUUUCCAUAUGAUUACAUAUAUCCCGAGCAAUAUGCUUAUAUGCUGGAAUUAAAACGUGCUCUUGAUGCCAAGGGUCAUGGAUUACUUGAAAUGCCAUCUGGAACUGGAAAAACUAUUUCCCUGUUAUCAUUAAUAGUAGCGUAUUUAAUUCAAAAUCCUCAUCACAUAAGAAAGCUUAUUUACUGUUCUCGUACAGUCCCAGAAAUUGAAAAGGUUAUGGAGGAGUUGAAGAAUCUAAUUAAAUAUUAUGAGAAGAAUCUUGGUGAAAAGCCCAAUAUAACCGGAGUUGUGCUCAGUUCAAGAAAGAACUUGUGUAUACACCCAGAAGUAUCUAGGGAAAGGGAGGGAAAAUUGGUGGAUGGUAAAUGUCAUUCCCUGACUGCAAGCUUUAUACGUGAGCAGCAUGAUGGUGACAGCUCAGUGCCAAUAUGUCAGUUCUAUGAAGGCUUUAAUCGGGAGGGCAGGGAAUCGAUGUUGCCAUAUGGUGUGUACACUAUAGAUGACCUCAAGCAGUAUGGAGCCGACAGAAAUUGGUGCCCGUACUUUUUGUCCAGGUUUGCUAUAAUCCACGCCGAGAUUGUCGUGUACUCUUACCACUAUCUACUGGACCCGAAGAUAGCGGAGGUGGUCUCGAAGGAACUUCAAAAGGAGGCGGUGGUGGUGUUCGACGAGGCCCACAACAUUGACAACGUGUGCGUGGAUUCUCUCAGCGUGCGUCUGACGAGACGGACCGUCGACCGAAGCGCCCAAGCCCUACAACAGCUGGAGAAGACCGUGGCCAAAAUAAGAGAGGAGGAUGCGGCAAGGUUGACUGCUGAGUACGAGCAGAUGGUGGAAGGGCUGAGGGAGGUGGCCGCUGCUAGAGAGACUGACACCAUACUUGGCAACCCCAUUCUACCCGACGAAGUACUAAAUGAGGUGGUUCCGGGUAACAUAAGGAAUGCUGAGCACUUCCUCGGGUUCCUGAAGCGGUUUAUAGAGUACCUGAAGACCAGGAUGCGGGUCCAGCAUGUGGUGCAGGAGUCCCCUGCCGGGUUCCUGAAGGAGCUGUCGGCGCGCGUGUGCAUCGAGCGCAAGCCGCUGCGCUUCUGCGCCGCGCGGCUGGGCUGGCUGGUGCGCACGCUGCGCGUGGCGGAGCCCUCCGCGCUGGCGCCGCUCACGCUGGUGGCGCACCUCGCCACGCUGCUCGCCUCCUACACCAAGGGCUUCGUGCUCAUCCUCGAGCCCUACGACGACCGCGCGCCCACCGUCUCCAACCCGGUGCUGCACUUCUCAUGCAUGGACUCAUCCAUAGCUAUGCGACCCGUGUUUGCCCGUUUCCAAUCCGUCAUCAUCACAUCCGGGACCUUGUCCCCGCUGGAUAUGUACCCGAAGAUCCUGGACUUCAACCCUGUCAUCGUGAGCUCCUUCACCAUGACCUUGGCGCGACCUUGUCUGCUGCCGAUGAUCGUGUCGAAGGGGAGCGACCAAGUGGCGAUAUCGUCCAAAUACGAGUCGAGGGAAGACGUCGCGGUUAUCAGGAACUACGGUCAACUCCUGGUCGAGAUAUCGGCCUGCGUCCCCGACGGUGUCGUCUGCUUCUUCACGUCGUACCUUUAUCUGGAGAGCGUCGUCGGCGCUUGGUACGACCAAGGUGUGGUUGCAAGCCUCCAGCGCCACAAGCUGCUUUUCAUAGAAACCCAGGACUCUGCAGAAACGAGCUUCGCUCUCAUCAACUACAUCAAGGCCUGCGAGAGCGGGCGCGGCGCGGUGCUGCUGUCGGUGGCGCGCGGCAAGGUGUCCGAGGGGGUGGACUUCGACCACCACCUGGGCAGGGCCGUGCUCAUGUUCGGCAUCCCCUACGUGUUCACGCAGAGCCGCAUCCUCAAGGCGCGCCUGGAGUACCUCAGGGACCAGUACCAGAUCCGCGAGAACGACUUUCUAACCUUCGACGCGAUGCGACACGCGGCGCAGUGCGUCGGCAGGGCGUUGCGCGGCAAGACCGACUACGGCAUCAUGAUCUUCGCGGACAAGCGCUUCAGCCGCGCCGACAAGCGCACGCGCCUGCCGCGCUGGAUCCAGGAGCACCUGCGCGACUCGCUCUGCAACCUCAGCACCGAGGAGGCCGUGCAGAUCUGCAAGCGCUGGCUCCGCCAGAUGGCGCAGCCGUUCACGCGCGAGGACCAGCUCGGCGUGUCCCUGCUGACUCUGCAGCAGCUGCAGUCGCAGGAGCAGCAGGAGAAGAUUGAGAAGCAGGUCAUCCAGAAG